AUGAGCCUCUCAACCCAUAAAGGAUGGCUGCCGCGUGAAGGCUUCACGGCGGAUGUUAUUGGGCACAUCCUGUCGUCCACAGUCCUGGCGCCGCAAGUAACGAUACCGCUGCUGUUAUUUGCCAGUUACACGGCCAAGGGGAGGAGCUUGGUUGCUGACCGACCUGGCGUGUUUACUGCGCUGAAGGGACUGGUAUCACUUGGCCUACUGAAAAUCGUCAAUGGUUACAUCAGCCGUCGAGCCUUGAACAACUGGGUGUCUGACGAGUUUAUCUGGAGACGCGAGAUCGCCUUGGUGACCGGAGGAAGUGAUGGAAUCGGACAGCGGAUUGCGCUUCUGCUUGCUCGUCGUGGCCUCAAGGUCGUCGUCCUUGACGUCCAGGAGCCCAAAUACCAUACACCACCCAACGUAACUUUCUAUAAGUGCGACAUUACUUCCUCUGCAGCCGUUGCGGAGGUAGCUGCAACAAUCCGAGCAGACGUCGGCGAGCCGACCAUCAUCAUCAACAAUGCUGGUAUCCUGAGAACACGGCCUUUACUUCAAGGCACGGAGGCCGAGACGAGACUCGCCUUUGAGGUGAACACCCUCUCGCACUACGUAAUGGCGCGGGAGUUCCUACCAAGCUUGAUCCGCCACAACCAUGGGAUGCUGGUGACCGUUGCCUCGCAGGCUUCGCACGUUGCGUGUGCCAGUAUGGUUGACUAUGCCGGGACCAAAGCUGCAGCACUAGCUUUUCAUGAAGGCAUUGCCUCUGAGUUGAAGAUACGAUACAAGGCCCCCAAGAUACGCACCGUAGUGAUCGAACCGGGAUUCUGCAAGACCAGCCUUAUAGACGGCAUGUCAUCUGAAGACACCUGGUUCCAUCCGCUACUUCACCCUGACACGGUAGCAGAGCGGACAGUUGAACAGAUACUAACAGGCUCCAGCGGAAGGGUGAUAUUGCCUGGCUCCACUGGAUUCUUUGCGGAGAACAUUCACUCUCUUCCAUUUUGGCUUCAGAAUUUCAUCAGGGAUAGAUGUGAGAUGUCAUCGAGAACGAGCCACUGUGCUUAA